UCCAUAAAUGAACUACGAUUUGUGAUUUGCUUGUAUAGUGGUCUAUUUAAAAAUAGUAUAACAUUAUUGCUUAAACUAUGUAUCAACCAUUGUAUUCGAUAGAAUUCAACGCAGAUUCAAAGGAGUUCAAUCCAUACCAAUUAAAAUAUGUAGAAGAUAUAGAUGAAGACUUCAUUCCUUCAGGAUGGAACAAAUUAGUAGAAGCACCAAAGACCUGCACAGCAUAUGAUUUGUUAACAUCAGAUAAUGAAAAGAAAAUCUCUACCACAAUAGAAGGGCUGGAUUUUGCUUUAGAUGGAGGAUUUUCUGUUGGACAGAUAAAUGAGUUUACGGGGAAGCCUGGCUCUGGAAAAACUCAACUUUGUUUCAGAAUUUGUGUGAAAUUUUUACUAUCAAAUAAUGAGACAAAUGUACUGUUCCUGUCCACAAACCAUAAUUUUGCAUCUCAAAGGAUUGAAGAUUUAAUAAAAUCAAGCAAUGAAUUCCAAAAUGCUAGAGAUGAAUUAAAAAAUAUGCUAUUGGUUAAAUUAAUGAAGAGAAUCAAAAUCUUUGAAGUACAAGAUAUCACAGAUUUGCUGGCUUCUGUUAAAUAUUUGGAAUAUAAUCAGGACUAUGCUCAACAUUUAGGAAUUGUCUUUAUUGAUAGUAUAUUCAUACCAUUUAAAGAGUUGGAGCAAAAUGAAAGGACUUCAUAUAUUUUUCGAUUUUACUCAAAUUUGCAAAGGUUAUCAACUGUCACCAAGUUAACUGUGAUUGUAACAAACAGUAUAACAACCGUAUUCAAUGUGCCUGGCGAAUUCACCUAUUUUGGUUCUAGUUAUCUGCACAGACUGAACAUUCGUAUAAAACUGGAAAGACUAGGCCAAACAAUGUUUAAAGCAAAAAUUGACAAAUGUCCAUAUUUAUGUAAAAGCCAAUCGUUUAAUUUCUCUAUUGUUUAGUAAAUAAAAAGGAAAUGUUCUUAUGUUAAGAAUUCACCAAAAUAAA